AGCAGAAAGGGAGACUGGAGCAGAGGUACAUAGAAAAAUUGAUGGGAGAUUUACAAUAACCAUGGCAUAAAAUGUAGCUAUGUUUUUAAUAUCCAUUAACUUGCUGAGUGUAUUCAGACUCGUUUUCUUUCCGCCUCCCUUUUACUGAAUAACUUGGGGAACAUUUAGAAAGGUGGAGAAGACAAGAAGUCAAUAGAUCUGGACAAUUUAAAUGUGGAUUUUCAGGCUGUUUUAACUUUUCUCAUAUUCAUGUGGACUUCUUUAUCACAAUGACAAGCAAGUGGACCCUCCUGAUCUUCACUUUGUUCUUUUCCCUUGUCAUGGGCGAAGUGGAGACAAAAUGUUCUCAUGGGUAUUCAGAGGCUUCUGAAGGCUGCGUUGAUGUUGAUGAAUGUGACAUGAUGCCUGAUAUCUGUGGAAAACAUGCAACUUGUACUAACACGAAUGGCAGCUACUCCUGCCAGUGUACUGAUGGUUUUGAAUUUAAAUCACCCAUAUCACCUGGAUCAUCUAUAACAUGUGAAGACAUAAAUGAAUGUAAAACCAACAGCAACAUCUGUGGACCUAAUGCAAAAUGUCACAACAUAAUUGCCAAUUAUUACUGCUUCUGUGAAAACGGCUUCAACACCUCUACUGGAGUGAAAACAUUUCAUUAUAGUGACAAUGUAACAUGCAGAGAUAUUAAUGAAUGUCAGCAAGACAACAUUUGUGGGCUGAAUGCAUCAUGUUUAAACACACAAGGCAGUUUUUACUGUGUCUGUAAUUCUGGCUUCAGACUGAAAUCUGGCAAAUCUAACUUCACUGAUGAUUCAGAGCAAUGCCAAGACACAUGUAUGAUUGAUAAGACAAUCUGUGGAAAUGGAACCUGCUACCGUGGAGCCAGUGGACAUUACUGUGCAUGCCAUGCAGGGUUCACUAACUAUGGCAACGUAAAGUCAUCCUGCACUGAACUGAACUGUGAUAUGUUCAAAGAUGUGAACAGUCUGAGAGAGACACUUGCCAUUGCACAGGAUUAUUUCAUGCAGCUGAAUAAAACCUGUCACAAGCUCACAGAAAGCGAGAAUCCAAAAGAGAUGGAUGGAGAGGACUUACUAAAGGGUCUGAUGUCCACGGUCGAUGAACUCUUGUUCAGUAGAGCUCUCAAUGGAAAAAAGAAAAUCUCCACUUUUCUGGACUUAAUGGAGCAUGCCCUGAGGCUUAUAGGAUCUUUUUUAUCAACCCCAGUAACAAAAAGAUCCUCCAAUUACACAGAAAUGGAGUUGUUGGUAGAAAAAGGGUCAGUCCUGCCAAAAGGAACAAGGACUUUAUCAUCUACACAUGCUCAACUAGACAUUGAGUUGGAAGUGGCUGCAGGAGAUCCCUCCCAUUACCCUGGCUUCACAACAGUAUCAUUACUAAGUUAUUCAAACCUGGAAGAAUAUGCAGAUGGCUUCUUUAGUGCGAUGAAACCAGAUGAGAAGCAAAGUUAUAAGAUAAACUCCAAAGUGGUUACUGUCACAGUCAGUAACAGAAACACCAGGCACCUAAAAGAGCCAAUCAUUUUAACUUUGCACCACCUUGAACAGUCAAAUGAAACUUCUCACACCUGUGUGUUCUGGGAUUCUUCGGAGAAUGACGGGACAUGGUCAUCUCAUGGCUGCAGUGUUGUGGAGUCUAACUUGAAAUACACUGUUUGUUCCUGUAACUACCUGGGCAGCUUUGCUGUGCUCAAGGCCCUCUAUGAGGUUGAGAACAAGUUUGCGUUGCAGCUGAUUACCUGGGUGGGCCUAUCCCUUUCAUUAAUUUGUCUGUUCAUCUGCAUCCUGACGUUCUCAUUGAUCCGCUCCAUUCAAGGUCCAAGAACCACCAUCCACCUGCACCUUUGCAUCAGCCUCUUCAUUGCUAUCCUUAUAUUUCUUGCAGGCAUUUCUCAGACGGAGAACAGGGUUGGCUGUGCAGUGGUAGCAGGGAUGCUGCAUUUUUUUUGCCAGGCAGUAUUUUGCUGGAUGUGUCUGGAAGGCAUACAGCUCUUUAGGAUGGUAGUCCUGGUCUUUAACACCAACUUUAAAACCCUCUACAUGAUGGCCGGUGGCUACGGAGUCCCAGCUGUAAUUGUUGCUAUCUCUGCAUUAGUUAAUGCUAAAGGAUAUGGCACUGAGAAAUAUUGUUGGCUAAACCUGGAAUCCAUUUGGAGUUUCUUUGGCCCUGCCUGUGUCAUCAUCUUUGUGAACAUUUUUUUCUUUCUCAUCACUGUGUGGAAGUUGGCACAGAAGUUUUCAAGUUUGAAUCCAGACCUGGACAGCUUGCAGAAAAUAAAGGACUACACCAUUACUGCAGUGGCUCAGCUCUACAUACUCCUUUACUGCAUACUCCGUGCUAUGUGGAUCUUCAUUUCUUUCCAGUUUGAGAAGGGCACUGUCGCCAUAUCUUACCUGUUCACCAUCUUUGGCAGCCUUCAGGGGGUUACGUUGUUUGUCAUGCACUGUCUAUUUUCUAAACAGGUGAGAGAGGAGUAUGAAAGAAUCCUUUCUCAAAUCUGUGAGCCACACAAGAAGACUUAUUCUGAGGGAUCCAAAAGCACCCAGAACACAAGAGAGUCUCAUGUUUGAGGAGAUGAACCAGAACUGGAGACAAAACUCUGAUUGACUAAAAACUGAUAUUUCAGACGUGGUGUCAUCUUCUGUCCUCUCAUAGCCACUGCAUCAACUUGUUGUACUACAACAUUUUGUAAAUAAUGAGCAAGUAUUUGUAUUUUAGAUGUAGGAUUAACUAUUGGAUCUAAAAAAAAAGUAAAAAACACAUUCCACUGCCAUUAACUUGACGCAUAAUCAAAAUGUAAGGAUGUACUCUACUUUUUUUUUAAAAAAAACUUAUAUAGUUAUUUUAGAACAAAAAAAUCUGGAAAAAUAUUCGUACUUAUUUUUAAUGGAAAUUAUGAAGAUAUUGUGAGG